AUGGUUGAUCUUUUGCUUGCUGGUUUACACCGUACUUAUACCAGUGCGCCUGUUGAACAUACUUUACAAAGUAUGGAUACCGAUUAUGCCCAUUUUGAUGAAGAUCUGAAAGACAUGAAGAAAUGUGGGAAGGGAGUGCACGCAGUGGUAGAUGGGCGAGCAAUUGAAAAGGGGGAAACCCUCAUUUGGAUUGCUAAUGGUGGCACUUUAGAAAUGAAAGACUAG